GUGAUGCAAGUCGGCUCUCUCCUCCAGCAGUUGGAUCCCUCCCAGCUCACAGCACCUCACAGGUCUCUUCCCCCGAGCCGUGCAGUGCUGGAGCAAGGAGCAGCUCACGAAUCAGCUGCAGGUCCCUGUUUUGAAAAGCAGAGAUACAGAGGCAGAAGAAAAGGGUGGACUCCUAUGUGACCUGUUCUUAGAGCAAGACCAUCACCAUCUGAAUUCCAGAAGCCCUGUUCAUGUUUGGGGAUAUUUUUUCGACUGCAUGGAAACAGAGAGAAGCAAAAGGAUGGGAAAUGCCUGCAUCCCCCUGAAAAGAAUUGCUUAUUUCCUAUGUCUCUUAUCUGCGCUUUUGCUGACUGAGGGGAAGAGACCAGCGAAGCCAAAAUGCCCUGCCGUGUGUACUUGUACCAAAGAUAAUGCUUUAUGUGAGAAUGCCAGAUCCAUUCCACGCACCGUUCCUCCUGAUGUUAUCUCAUUAUCCUUUGUGAGAUCUGGUUUUACUGAAAUCUCAGAAGGGAGUUUUUUAUUCACACCAUCGCUGCAGCUCUUGUUAUUCACAUCAAACUCCUUUGACAUGAUCAGUGAUGAUGCUUUUAUUGGUCUUCCACAUCUAGAGUAUUUAUUCAUUGAAAACAACAACAUCAAGUCCAUUUCAAGACAUACUUUCCGGGGACUAAAGUCUUUAAUUCACCUGAGCCUCGCAAACAACAAUCUCCAGACACUCCCAAAAGAUAUUUUCAAAGGCCUGGAUUCUUUAACAAAUGUGUAAGAGGACCUAAAAUUUGCAAAGUCUCAAGACCUGCCUUAUCAAUCACUGUCCAUAGACACUUUUUCUUAUAUGAAUGAUGAAUAUGUGGUCAUCGCUCAGCCUUUUACUGGAAAAUGCAUUUUCCUUGAAUGGGACCAUGUAGAAAAGACCUUCCGGAAUUACGACAACAUUACAGGCACGUCCACUGUAGUGUGCAAGCCUAUAGUCAUUGACACUCAGCUCUAUGUUAUCGUGGCCCAGCUGUUUGGUGGCUCUCACAUCUAUAAGCGGGACAGUUUCACAAAUAAAUUCAUAAAAAUCCAGGAUAUUGAAAUUCUCAAAAUCCGAAAACCCAAUGACAUUGAAACAUUCAAGAUUGAAAACAACUGGUAUUUUGUUGUUGCUGACAGUUCAAAAGCUGGUUUUACUACCAUUUACAAAUGGAACGGAAAUGGAUUCUACUCCCAUCAAUCCUUACAUGCAUGGUAUAGGGACACUGACGUAGAAUAUCUAGAAAUAGCCAGAACACCUCUGACUCUCAGAACGCCUCAUUUAAUCCUGUCCAGUAGUUCCCAGCGUCCUGUAAUUUAUCAGUGGAACAAAGCAACGCAAUUAUUCACUAACCAAACUGACAUCCCUAACAUGGAGGAUGUGUAUGCAGUAAAGCACUUCUCAGUGAAAGGGGACGUGUACAUUUGCUUGACAAGAUUCAUUGGGGAUUCCAAAGUCAUGAAAUGGGGAGGCGCCUCGUUCCAGGAUAUCCAGAGGAUGCCAUCUCGAGGAUCUAUGGUGUUCCAGCCUCUUCAGAUCAAUAAUUACCAAUAUGCAAUUCUUGGAAGUGAUUACUCCUUUACUCAAGUGUAUAACUGGGAUGCAGAGAAAGCCAAAUUUGUGAAAUUUCAGGAAUUAAACGUUCAGGCGCCAAGAUCAUUCACACAUGUGUCUAUUAACAAGCGUAAUUUCCUUUUUGCUUCCAGUUUCAAGGGAAACACACAGAUUUACAAACAUGUUAUAGUUGACUUAAGCGCAUGAGACACCAAAUUCUGUGGCUGCCAUCAGAAACUUUCUACAGUACCUGACCCGGAUGAACUCAAUGCAUGAUGACUCUUCUUAUCACACUUGCAGAUGAAUGCCUUUCAAACAUCGAGACUGCUAGAUCCAGGCACUACCAGUAUCUCCAUCCUUAACUGUCCAGUCCAGUGGUGUGGAAAGUUACCUUUUAUAAGACAAAAUUUAAUUCCGUAACUGUUCUUUGCAGUGAAGAUGUGUAAAUAAGCGUUUAAUGGUAUCUGUUACUCCAAAAAGAAAUAUUAAUAUGUACUUUUCCAUUUAUUUAUUCAUGUGUUCAGAAACAACUGCCAAAUAAAAUGUUUACAUUUUCUUUCAUAACCCAAAGGUAAUUAUUUACAGGAGUUACUUUAUUCUUGAUGGUAUGUCAAGGAAAUGGUUUUGUACAAUAGGGUUAUAUUUGGAUUGAGGACUUAUGGUAUAAAUAAUGAAUGAAAAUAGAACCCUGAUAUUAUUACCCAUAAUCUAUUAACAGGCUUAUCAGUGACUGAAUCAGCUGAUUUUGAACAUUCAAAGGUGUUUCCAAAGGUCAUGGGUUUUAGGGACACUUUAAAGUUUAAUGGUGACAAAUUAAAAGAAGAGUAGAGAAAUUUGCCUAUUACAAGAAGACUAAUUUGAAGUAAAGAACAGGAAGACCCAUCUUUUCCUGUCUGAUAGCCCCAGCUAAAAGCAUCACUCACACAACUUAUAGGAGAAAUUAAAAUCAAGAUAUAGAGUUUAAAAACCGCUAUUCAAGGACUUUCUAAAUAUCUGACUCUAGAAUCAUCCGACAGCUGGUAGAGGUUGCAGCCUUAUAGCACUUACCUCUAAUGUAACUGCCAUGAAGGCCUCUUAAUCUGAUCACGAUGCUUCGAUUCCAGAAACCAAUUCUGGUAUUAUCGACAUGCUGCAGAGUGCCCAGAAGGCUCAUAUUUGAUUUUCUAAAUUCCUGCUCCCAGAUCACGCGGGUUGUCAGCACCUAGCACAAUGCCUGUGAUGUAGUAGGCUCUCUAUAAAAAAUGCUUUUGAAGAAGCACAUGUGUCUUCCUGUUAUAAUAUGAUAAUAAACUUUAUAUUAUUUAUUAGUAAUAAAUAAUAAUAACCUUUAUAAUAAUAAACCUAUUCGGUAAGUAUUUAUCGAGUACCUGUUAAGAAUGGGGUAUUGUUCCCGGGAGAGAGGGAUAGUGAGGAAAAGUAGGGCAUGGUCCUUGCCCUCUGGGACCUUAGAAGACUAAUCGGGGGGUUAGAACACAAAAACCUACAGAGCAAGCAGGGGGUGCCAAGUAUCAUCUGAACAUUCCAGAUCAUAAAUAUUAUGGAGUAUCAAGGAUGACUUCUGGGAAGACACAGUCCCUGUUGAAGAUGUGAUUUCAAAAGGGGAUUGUGGCAGAGAAGAUAUUCCUGGCAUGAACUGCUUCUGUCUGCUGCCUUGUCCUGCUCAUUUGUCCCCAGACCCCUUUGCCCUGCGACUGGGCGGGGGCGGGCAGACAGCAGUCCCUCUGCCCAGCACACAUACGGCAGACUGGAGGCAUCAAAGAUACACACAAUAGUUCCAUCAUCCCUGGGCAGUUAUGCACAGGAACCAGAUUCCUUUUCCCACAUAGGAAAGAUAUGAACUCUGACAUCAGGGUAUGGGGAGAAGAAUAUUUACACACUCCCAUCCUGCACACAGGGAGAACUGGCCUUUGAAUGUCUUCUACUUUUUUCAGUUUCCUUUUCCUAUAAGCAGCAUCAUAUGCUGUUGGAGAGCACCUAUUUUUGUAUAGACUGGGCUUAAGUCCAGCUCUGCCAUGUACUGGCUUUGUCCACAGGCAACUUACUUAACCCCUCUGAGCCUCGGUUUCUUUAUCUGUAAAGAGGGACAAUAGUACCUACUUCCAGGAACAGUAGAAAAAUUAAAUGAGGUAGUACAGGUUGUAUUUUUCAAACCAUAUCUCCCAUCCCACAUGCUCUGUGAGAACCAUGUCCCCACCCCAUCAAGAAGUGGCACCUAAUUCACCUAAUUCACCUAAAUAUGAAUGGGUUUGUGACUUGCUUGUAAUAGAAUGUGGUGGAAAUAAUACCAUUUGAUUUCUAAGGCUAGAUUAUAAAAACGAUGAGGCUUCUGCCUUGUAAACUGGGACACUUGCUUUUGGAGCCCUGAGCAGCCACCUAAGAAGUCCUGCUAGCCCGAGGCCACCAUUUUGUGAUGAAGUCCAGCCCCACGGAGAAACCACAUGAAGGUGCUUUGGUCAACAGCCCCAGCUGAGGUCCCAGACAACAGGCAUCAUCAACCACCAGGCCUGUGAGGGAAGGUAUCUCGGGGUGAUUCCAGCCCCCAGCUGUCCAGCCACUGCCAGACAUCAGA